CUCUUGGGACGUGCUGACUUUAAGUUCCAGAAUGCCGGUGUUGUCAUUUAGAUCGCUUAAAGUUUUCUACUGCUCUGUAGACUUAACGGAGUCACACGCGCAUUCAAACGUGGUAUGGGGGUGUCUGAGGCAACACUGAAAAUUAGUAAACAAAAUUUUAAAUUAAGCAAUGUAAGGACUUGAGAGGCAGAUUACUCGCUUGACACAAACGUCACUUCCUCCAUGGUGUAAUAGCCUACUGCGCGUGUGAGUAUGGUGUCUGGCAAGACAGCAAAGUCAACACAAAGAUUCUGUGACUUUGCUCAGGCCUAAAAGUAUUUAUACCCAAAAGAGACAGCAAAGUUACCAUAUAAAUUGUGACAAUAUAAUAAUAAUAUAUAUUCCAGAGCAGUGUAACAUAUUGCAGUGUUUGGAAUAUGCACACAAUCAGAUACGAUUUGUUUUUACAGCCCCUACAUAUAUAUUUUUUUGGGUUAUUAUCGGUGGUUUUUUUCUUUCAUUCACCCGAUCCACUAGGUCAAAGGGUAAGAAAUAUAGUGUUGGAAAGUUUGUUUUUUUAAUGGACAACUGAGUGGAUGUCCAGAAGCAGACGACAUUGUUUUUUUUUGUUUGUUUUGUUUUGUGGAGAAUUUUGGUUUGGUAUAGCACUCUCGUUUAGGGAAAUUCGGGUUACAACUGCCGAGUCUUGUCUCACCAUAUAUUGUUCGUAAUCUCAGUCUCGCCAUCUAUCCCGUAUGUUCAUUUAUUUAUUUUUUGUCUUGUUCGAGCACUGACAAGAAAUCCAUUUUCGCUUUUCCAUUUGUUAUUUGUUUUGCGUGUUUUAUUUUUUUUAAAAUGAACAAACAUUUGGAAAAAAUAAAAAUCCUCAACGGAACGGAAUGUAGGCCAAUCCCGGAUUUUAGGCUGGCCCAGAAGACCAAGUUGAAUCGGCAUCCACUGGUUUAAGAUAUCAGAGGGCUUGGAGACACACCAUUGUCCCCUGUCCCGGGGCAAUCUGAGCUGAGAUUGGAGGACCUGGCUAGGGAGAGCUGCACCAUUCCGCUUGGGCAAGCUGGUCCUGGGACAGCGAAACAGUGGGAGAGAGCCUCCAUCACCCCCUCUGCCUCCAUGAGUUCCUCUUAGAUUCAGCGAGAUUACGAAAGCAUGCGAGUACCACUGCUGUGUCUGGCAUGUCUUUGUGCAGCCCUGGGGCGCUCCUACGCAGCUGAUCUAAGUGACUGUGUGUCGGCGGGAAGCCAGUGCCACAGCCGUGCGGACUGCAUGAACACGCGCGACGGAGGCUUCCAGUGCGUCUGCCGCAUGGGUUUCCAGGGCGACGGGCUGCAGUGCACGGACAUCGACGAGUGCAAGCUGGGCCUGCACGGCUGCCAUGUCAACGCCAACUGCAACAACGCGCUGGGCAGCUACAGCUGCGUCUGCCGGGCCGGCUACACGGGCAGCGGCAAGAGCUGCGAGGACGUGAACGAGUGCCUCACCAACAACGGCGGCUGCCACGACAACGCGGCGUGCACCAACACGGCGGGGGGCGUGAGCUGCCGCUGCAGGACGGGCUUUCAGGGGACCGGCCUGCAGUGCCAGGACAUCGACGAGUGCACCACCCGCGGCAUCUGCCACUGGAACGCCACCUGCACCAACAACCCCGGCUCCUACGCCUGCACCUGCAACUCGGGCUACAAGGGCAACGGGAACUACCUGUGCCUGGACAUCGACGAGUGCUCCGAGUCCUCGGGCGUCUGCUCCACCUCUGCCGGAUACAAGGGCUGCCGGAACCUCCCGGGCACCUACAGCUGCACCUGCAACAGCGGUUACCAGAGCAACGGGCAGACGUGCAGCGACAUCGACGAGUGCGCCGCCAAGCUCUGCAGCACCUUCGCCGCCUGCGUCAACCUGCCGGGCUCGUACCGCUGCACCUGCCAGGAGGGCUUCACCGGGAACGGGCUCACCUGCGUCGACAUCAACGAGUGCGUCGGCAGCAACGACUGCGACCCCAGCGCGGACUGCAUCAACGUCCUGGGCUCCUACGACUGCUCCUGCAGAGAGGGUUUCCUGGGCAACGGCCGGCGGUGCGCGGACAUCAACGAGUGCCUGACGCCGGGCAUCUGCCCGGACGGCGCCUCCUGCGUGAACUCCGCCGGCUCUUACCGCUGCGACUGCGGCAGCGGCUUCGUCUUCAACGCCUCCAAGUGCCAGGACCUGGACGAGUGCGCGGCCGGCCACUGCAGCCCGCACGCCACCUGCGCCAACUUCCCCGGCUCCUUCACCUGCCAGUGCCGGCGCGGGUACGAGGGCAACGGCAUCUCCUGCGUCGACCUGGACGAGUGCAAGCUGGCGCAGCAGUGCCACGCCAGUGCCGUCUGCGUCAAUCUGCCCGGCUCCUACAACUGCACCUGCCUGCCGGGCUACUCGGGCAACGGCGUGACGGAGUGCGCGGACGUCAACGAGUGCCUGACGGGCAACGGGGGCUGCUCCAGCUGGGCCACCUGCGUCAACAGCAAGGGCUCGUACUCCUGCGUGUGCGCGCCGGGCUUCAGCCUCGUCAACAAGACCUCCUGCCGCGACGUGGACGAGUGCCAGGGCGUGCCGGGGCCGUGCCAGGCCAACGAGCGCUGCGUGAACACCGAGGGGUCGUACGAGUGCCCGUGCCACAGGGGCUUCGCCCGCGCCCGCGGACGGACCGCCUGCACGGACGUGGACGAGUGCGCCGCCGGGCAGCCCUGCCACUCCAACGCCACCUGCCUGAACAGCGAGGGCGCCUUCACCUGCACCUGCAAGCACGGCUUCACCGGGAACGGCACCUGGUGCAGGGACGUGGACGAGUGCGCGGCCGUCGGCACCUGCCACCCGCAGGCCGUCUGCGCCAACGCGCCCGGGGACUACUCCUGCAGCUGCCGGCGCGGGUUCGAGGGCGACGGGUUCUCCUGCCGGGACGUGGACGAGUGCGCCGCCUCCAACGCCACCUGCCCCGCCUUCGCCGCCUGCGUCAACUCCGUGGGCUCGCACGUGUGCUCCUGCCUCAACGGCACGGUGGCCCGAAACGACUCCUGCGCGGCCCCGAGCCCCCUCUGCUCCCCCGCCUGCCACCCCUACGGGCUCUGCCACCCCUCGCCCGCCGGGCACCAGUGCGUCUGCGACGUCGGCUUCGAGGGGGACGGCCUCACCUGCUCCGACAUCGACGAGUGCCAAGAGAACGUGUGUCCCGCCAACGAGACCGAGUGCGUGAACAAGCCGGGCUCUUUCUCCUGCGUGUGUCAGAGCGGGUACACGCAGAACGGGACGUCCUGUACCGACGUGGACGAGUGCGAAGCGGGGGGGCACAAGUGCAGCGAUUUCGCGGAGUGUGUGAACACCAGGGGGAGCCAUCUCUGCUUCUGCCUCAGCGGCUUCACAGGAGACGGCAAGAACUGUUCCGACAUUGACGAAUGCCAAACCCAAAAUGGAGGAUGCCACUUCUCAGCCAGCUGCGCCAACACACCUGGCGCCUUCUCGUGCUCGUGCCCCCUGGGCACCACAGGCUCCGGGUUCGAAUGCCAGGACGUUGACGAGUGCGCUGCGAACCCCGCCCUCCCGCACAACUGCAGCGCCCUCGCUGCGUGCCACAACACGGACGGCUCGUACAGCUGCGUCUGCGAGGAGGGUUACCACGGCGACGGGUUCGCCUGCGAGGACGUGGACGAGUGCCUGGAGCCGGACGUCUGCGGCGGCAACAUGACGUGCCGGAACACGGCGGGGGGGUACGCCUGCACCUGCGUCCUGGGCCUGGCCUACGACCACGGCACCUGCAUCAGCCAGGAGGAGUGUGCCAACGCCAGCGAGGUGUGCCACCCCCACGCCGGGUGCGCCCUCAUCCUGGGCUCCCGCUACUGCCGCUGCUGGGACGGCUUCUUCGGGAACGGGACGGACUGCCAGGACAUGGACGAGUGCAGCCUGGGCCUGGGGGGCUGCCCCGAGUUCUCCUUCUGCCUCAACACCGAGGGCUCCUCCCACUGCGAGUGCUGGGCUGGUUACCAGGACAACGGGACACACUGCGAGGACGUGGACGAGUGCGACGGCGGGAACGUCACCUGCCGCGAGAACAGCGUGUGCGCCAACGUGCCCGGCGGCUACCUGUGCCCCUGCCUGGACGGCUUCCUGUCCAACAGCUCGGUGUGCCAGGACGUGGACGAGUGCCUCAUGGGCAUGGCGCUGUGCCCCAACGCCUCGUACUGCCGCAACGUGCCGGGCACCUACGCCUGCGACUGCUGGGAGGGCUACCACGGCAACGGCAGCGACUGCGCGGACGUGGACGAGUGCUCGGCCGGCGACCCCUGCCCCGAGCGCAGCAGCUGCGUCAACACGGCGGGGGGGUACCUGUGCCCCUGCGACCUCGGGUUCGCCCCCAACGGCUCGCUGUGCGAGGACCUGGACGAGUGCGGGGGGGGCGGGGAGGACGGGGGGGAGUGCGCCAACGGGACCUGCGUCAACUCCGAGGGCUCCUUCCACUGCGUCUGCGACCCGGGCUUCCGCAGCAACGGGACGGCGUGCGCGGACACGGACGAAUGCGAGGAGAUCGCCUCCCUCUGCCCGCCCCACUCCGCCUGCGCCAACCUGCCCGGCUCCUACGAGUGCCGCUGCCAGCCCGGCUACCUGCCCAACGGCACCGAGUGCCAGGACGCGGACGAGUGCGCCGCGCCCGAGCCGCCCUGCCCCGCCCACGCCGAGUGCGCCAACACGGAGGGGUCCUUCCUGUGCGCCUGCGCGGCCGGGUUCGAGCCCGAGGGCGACGGCUGCGUGGACGUGGACGAGUGCCUGCGGAACCACACCUGCCGGCCCGACCAGGAGUGCGCCAACGUGCCGGGCGGCUUCGUCUGCUCCUGCCCGCGGGGGCACCACGAGGAGGGCGGGGCGUGCGCGGACACCGACGAGUGCGCCAACGCCACGGAGGUCUGCCACCCGCUGGCCCGCUGCUGGAACACGCCGGGCUCCUUCUCCUGCCACUGCCCCGAGGGGCACGCGGGCAACGGGACGUGGUGCCGGGACGUGGACGAGUGCCAGGCCGCCCGGUCGCCGUGCCGACGCGGCGCCCGCUGCCUCAACACGCCGGGCUCCUUCCUGUGCGCGUGCCCGCCGGGCUUCCUGGCGCUGGAGGGCCUCUGCGUGGACCUGGACGAGUGCCAGCAGGACCGGGGCGGCUGCCACCCCGCCGCCGUCUGCCACAACCGCGUGGGGGGGUUCCGGUGCCAGUGCGCCGGCGGGUGGACCCCCACCGCCGCUCGGGGCCGCGGGAGGGAGGGGUGCGCCGACGUGGACGAGUGCCAGCUGCCCUCCGCGUGCCCCCCCCACACCGCCUGUACCAACCUCCCGGGCUCGUUCCAAUGCUCCUGUCCCCUGACGAACCACACCCUCUGUCACCUGCUCACUCGGAAGGAGAGCGAGCUGUACCCAUUUGGGAAGGAAGUGGGGGACGGACAUGUUAAGGCGUCGGGGGCGGACACAAACUCCCCCUACAUCACUCCUCCCAUGGGGUUCCCCUUGCUCGGAAAAAUGUACGACCGGCUGUAUUUUUCAGAUAACGGCUUGGUGCAGUUCCAGUCGGUGAGUGAGAACGAGCAGUUCCUCUUCCCGGCUCCUUUCCCCAGUGGUUUCACCGGCAAUGAGAGUGUGGCCAUGCUGGCGGUGUUCUGGGAUGAUGCUGACCUCACACUGGGGGGCGGGAAGCUGUUUUAUCAGGAGUACCACAAACUGAACCUGUCUGACGUCUACGCUCAAAUCGUCUUCAACCGCACCGUAGAGGACGUGUCCAGGUUUGAGAACGUGAGAGGGAGGCCUUCCUUCACCCCAGCCUGGAUCCUCAAAAUCACCUGGGACCACGUGCUCCCUGUCUCCUACCAGAAGAUCAACCUUUCAGAGACCAACACUUUCCAGUGCAUCCUGACCACGGACGGGGAUCGCUCCUUCGCCCUCCUGCGUUUCGGAGAGAUGGGCUGGGGUCCCGGGCAGAGGCUGCUCCACGACGCUCUGACGGGCUUCACGGACGGGGGGGCCGUCUUCCACAACGAGUCCACCGUCCCCGCCCACAACCUGUUCGGGCCGGCCGGGCGCUACCGGCCCCAGGAGGUGACGGGCAACACGGGGCGGCGGGGCCAGUGGGUGUACGACCUGACCAGGCCCCCGGGGCCCGACUCGGACCCCCGCAGGAAGUGCCGGGCCUGGGCGCUGAGGGAGCCGGACCCCUCGGUGUGGAUGGAGGGCGUCUCGUCCUGCCCCUGCGUCCGGGCCCAGGCGCUGGAGGACCUGGCCUUCGGGCCUGAGACCCUGCCGGCCCAGCAGGGGGCGCAAGUGAGGGCGCUGAGGGCGCAGCGCUGGGGCAGCAGUGGGGGGCACGUCUUCCAGUCCAUCCUGGCCAACGUGCACGGCUCUGGGAAGAGGUGUGUGUACGACCUACAGGGCCCCCUGCUGGCAGGAUACAGCGAGCGCUACUUCAGCGGUAGCAGUGUGCAAGACUACAUUGAUAAGGACCUGUUGCCAUUUGAGUGGUGCUGUGUCCAGUCUCCACUAUGCCAGCUUUACCUAAGCAAACGACCUCUUGACCGUUGUCAGGGUUACGGAUGGAUGAGCCCUGACCACGCCCUUCCUGCUGCCAAGGCAACUCAGGGCAUUGGCAUUGUGUAUGGAAGCCUCCACUUCAUCACCUUUGACGGGACGGAGUACUCCUUCAAGGCCGUGGGGGAGUUUGUCAUUCUCCGCCUCUCCUCCAGCUCGGGCUCCAACACCUUCACCCUGCAGGGUGAGACUGGCCAGGUGGUCAUCAGUGGGCAGUCCCACGGGGUCUCCUCCCUGAAACGCGUGGCAGCGUUCUACCAGGGCAUCGGCAAGGUGGAAUGGAAGUGUGCUGAGUCGGGGGAAGGGAUCACAGUUCUGGUGGAUCACGUGGAAGUGCCUGUUACUGUGGGUGUAGUGCACGUGGGAAGGGAGGGCUUCGCGGUGCGGUGCGUGACCCUGGAGCGCUGCGCCGCGGUGUACGCCGGCGGUCUGCAUGUGUCCGUGUGGCGGGGCGCCGCGGGGAUGCUGGGCGCCAUCGUGGAGGUGCCACAGAGCUUCUUCAACCGCACCGUGGGGCUCCUGGGCCACUGGAGCUCCAGCCGCACCGGCGACUUCCUGCUCCCCAACGGCCAGCUCCUGCCCUGGCCCAACGGCAUCCCCCCUCCGGAGGAGACCCUGCACCAGUACGGGCUCUCCUGGGCUGUGCCUGUUCCAGAGAGUCUGUUGUACUCCGUCCCGCCCACAGCGCCUUUCAGCCCAAUCUCCACAAAGGAGCUCCUGUCCGUCAGCCCGCUGGUCCUGAGCGAGCUGAAGACCAAGUGUCAGGGGAGUAUGGCCUGUGUCCAUGACACCCUGGCGCUCGGCAACCUGGACCUGGGCCUUCAGAGCCUGGAGUUCGAGGAGAGGUACCACAACCUGGCCCAGGUGUUCGGCAACAUGCCCCCCAUUGUGACCCAGCCCACGGUGAUCCAGUGCAAGGUCAACGACAUGGUCCAGGUCCAGUUCAUUGCCGAGGAUGCCAACUCCGACACAGUGACCUUCUCCUUGCAGUUCCCCCGCCCCCCACUCGCCUCCAUAGGAAACGCUGAUGGGAUCCUGACCUGGACUCCGAUCAACACCCAGCCCGUGCUGCUGACCGUCCGGGCGAGUGACCAGCUGUUUGGCUCCCUGUUCAGCCCCGUCAUCCAGAUGUGUAACUGCCUGAAUGGGGGCACCUGCCAGUACGACAGCAUCGCUGAGAACCAUCUGCAGGGCAAGUUCCAGAUAGUGGGCUGUCUUUGUCCGAAGGGGUACAGUGGGAGGUUCUGUGGGAAUACCACAGACCCCUGCAAGGGAAAACCCUGUUUCCCUGGAGUGUCCUGCCAGAAGGACAAAAACCCAGACCAGUUCACCUGCGGGGAGUGUCCCAAAAAUACCGUCUACCAGAGCAAGCAGGGCUACAAGUGUUUCGAGAACGAUUUCUGCCUGCCCCCAUUUCCCUUUCCCUGUCACAAGAUGGCCGACUGCUACAGCACAGGGUACAACUACACGUGCAAGUGCAGGCCUGGCUACACUGGCAGUGGUUACAACUGCACCGAUAUUGAUGAAUGCUUGGACCCAUCUGCCUGCCCCAACGCCAAAUUUGAGUGUGUCAACACUCCUGGCUCGGUCCGGUGCCAUUGCCGGUACCAGAACACCAAGGAGUCUGAUGGCUGUGGUGACUCCGCAAACCCUCCAGGGUGGAAUGUCUUUAACGUCUCCAUGGGCUGGACGAGUCCAGAAAAUGGAAAUAAGGGCCUGCAACAGCUGCGGGAGAUCCUGUCCAUGGGCUUCCAGAACAAGUUUUACAAUGCCAGCAUGAAGACGAGGGGCACGGGAGGGCAGGGGGCCAGUGAGUACCGCAUCAACGUGUCCAGCGACACGCCCCACUGGUACGUCCGCGAUUACCUGAGCCGCGUCAGCCAGUACUACGGCAUCCAGAACGCCGACGUGGGAGACCUGGACGAGUGUACGACGAUGGAAGUUGUGUGUGUGAAGCCUGCCCGCUGUGCCAACACCUACGGGGGGUACAGGUGUGUGUGCAAUGGCACCACCGAUGUGGAUGAGGCCCAGUCCUGCAUUUUAGAUAAGGGUGGCGUGAACCGGACAGGGCUAGCAGCGCUGCAGUCUGAAGAGAAAAAUAAGCCCCUGAUCCUGGGUCUGGUUCUGGGCAUUGGGAUCCCCCUCCUGCUGCUUCUCCUCCUGGCUGCCCUGGCCUGCUUCAUUUGCUCGCGCAAGAAGACCGUCACUGGAGAGAUUCCCCACCUGAUCCCGGAGUGCACCCAGGAGUACAACCCCCCGCCCUUCAACUAUUCGGACCCAGCGCUGCAUUACAAGAGCCACUGCAGCCCGCGCAUUUUAGAGGGCAUCACGCCCAGACGCGCGCGUCGGUAAGCGACACGGAGGCGCGGCCUAGAACCCGGGCCUGGCGGCCUGACUCGGCUCAGAGCGAGCGCAUUUCUCAAAGAAAAGGCCAGUAUAUUUAAAAUAUAAUUCAUAACCAACCGUAAUAAUUGUAUAUGUCUUGUAAAAAAACAAAAGAAAAUAGAAAAAAAAAGGAAUUAUUUAUGUUGGUUCGAAGGAGUUGUUGCACAGGCUAAUGAGGAGAGAGAGUCCAUUAGAUGCAGAGGGACUUUUAAAGUUCCAAGCAUCUUUCAAAGAAAUGGGACUAGAAUGAUGUUAAUAGCUGAACAAGAGAUUCCGGUUGUCAUUGUGUAUAUAUACGAGGCACAACCCACACAGAGAUGGCCGACAAGUCCUGAGAAAUCAAACGGCUGGUGGAGCACAACCUUCUUACAGCACUUUUCUUAUCGUUCCAUAAAUGCCACAGAAAUGUUGAAUGACGGUUUUGUAUUCGUUGGGGUACAUUGCAGGGUCUGAUCAAUUUCCAUACUGACUGAUUCAAAAGAACUGUUUUAUUGUGUUCCUGUUCCUUGUCGCAAAGAACAAUUACCGCCCUGGUUGUAACAGCGAUGUUUACUCAUCAGAAUGCUUUUGGUCCAACCCCACAUUAUCCUCUUAGCACCAUUACUGCAAUUUGUGCAUAAUGGGCUGGCUAACGCCUGGAAUUAAAGCUUAAAUCAAACAUACCAUUUUUUCCAAUACAAUUAAAAGUAAAUCGGGUUUACAUAUUGUAAUUUCAUAUGGUAUUAAAAUAUCAUUUAAAGGGUGUUUUUUUUAUAGCUAAAUGAUUCAUACCAUGGGUUUGUAUGGUUUGCUGAAAUCUUCCAACCACCCAGAGUUGUCAUUGAAUUCUUUUGCCCGCAAUGUACAAGUGGCCACUGUACUCAUGAGGUUGAGCAAAUUCUUGACAAACAAUUAAACAAUUAAAUAAAAAUACCAGCAUAUUGGCAAA